AUGUUUGUUUAUGUUGUUUGUUUGGGAGUCUGUCAACCUCCCCUCCGCUCUAUUCCCGUUUUUUUUGAAACUUCUUUUCCUUCCUUUCCACGCUCUUCCCCUCUUCGCGAAUGGGACAAGAAAAGAAAAGAAAGACGAAGAAAAGAAAAAACAAAGUUGUGUAUGUUUGGAAAUGGAGGCAAAUUCGCUGUUGUUUUUAUAUACCAAAGACGAAUACGCACACGCGCAUCGGGCGGCCGGGGAAGGAAAGGGGUUAUGCGUAUUUUGUUUUGUUUACAGUCUGGUCUCGCUCUUUUGCUUUCUCCCCCCCUCUCUCUCUCUCGCCUUUUAUUCUUACUUUGGGCGAUAGCGGGAGACGAAGCGAAAAAGGGCUUCUUGUCAUGUCGCACGGCACACACGAAAAUGAAGAAAUGA